CUGAAAGGAGUGGGCGGUGAGGGCGGGUCUUGGAGGGGCGGGGCUGAGACUACGGACCCGGGAUCUGGGGCGACCGAACGGCGACCUGACCCCGGAAGUAGGCUGAAGUACCGCGGCGGCGGGCGGCGGGCUGCGGCGGAGUCUCAGGCUCUUUACCAAGAAGGGCAUGAGUUCUGGCCCCAUCUGAGUUGACCUCAUACAGAAUGUCUGUUUCAGAGACCAGUGGCGGAGACGACUAUGUUCCACUUCUUCCGAAAGCCUCCAGAGUCCAAAAAGCCCUCUGUACCUGAGCCAGAAGCAGAUGGAUUUGUCCUCUUAGGAGACACAGCAAAUGAAAUGAGAUGUAAAACCUCCGAAGCAGAAGGCGGCCAGUCUUUGCAGAGCAGCAAAGAAGACACAUCCAGUGUGACUGUAGCCGACUCCGAGACAGGAAACCAGGCAGGCCAGACUCUGGAGAACAACUCACAAACAGCUGAGCUCCUGAGUGACGUGCCCUUCACCUUGGCUCCACACGUGCUGGCAGUGCAGGGCACCAUCGGCGACCUUCCUGACCACUUACUCUCGUACGACGUCGGCGACAACUUGUCUCGAUUCUGGAAGAGGAUGUCUUCACUCUUCCUCUUCAUAGUGAGUUUCUUCUAAGAAGAAAAGCUUGAGCCAUUUUGGCAACUUUCCCCCUUUAAGACCAGCGUGUCACAGAAGUGGCGGCUUCUUGUCUGAAAUUCUGGAGCUCAAGAGUCUGAGGCAGGGGGAUUGCUAGUUUGAAGCCAUCUUGGACCACAAAGCAAGAGCCUAUCUAAAAAUAAUAGUCGUCAUCGUCGUUCAGUAAUGAAUAAAACCAACGUGCUUUAUAAAUUUUUGUUUCCUCUGUAUAUUCCAACAGCUAGAAAGGUUUUUGACAGACUUCUCUCAUAACUUGCUUACUAUCAACUCAAUAGGUGUGUGCUCACUUCAGCAGCACACACACAAAGACAACAGACACUCAGUAAGCUUUUACAACCCCAGUUCCCAUUCCAUCUAAGAAUCUGUGGUUCUCUUGUUGAUACUCUCCUGCAUUUGUACUUAGCACAUAACAAAUCCUCC